AUGCUCCUCCUUGGACACAUGUGUCUCAUCGUCGAGAAGCAGGUCAGCAGAGUCUUCAAGAUCUUCAAAGUCAGCACAUCACACGCAAUGCACACACACACACUUACGCCCGACCUCAUAUGGCCCUUGAUCUUCGCCAAGGGGGGCGGCCCGGAAUGGGACCGGGGCAGCUGCCACCGUAUCACCGUCGCGCUCAAACUUGAGAGGUGA